GGAGGCGACGGUGUCUGAGGAAAGGCACCGCGUGCGGGCUGCCAACGCUGGCCUCCCGGCUUGGGGGAAGCGAGAAUACCUGCCCCUGUCCGCUUUCCUUUGGUGGUCCGUUCACAGCUAGUCCCGCCUGGAGAUGGCUGACGAUCUUGGAGACGAGUGGUGGGAGAACCAGCCUGCAGGAGCAGACGGCAGCCCAGAAGCAUCAGAUGAUGAAGGAGGAGGAGACCCAGAAAUGAUGCAGCAAGAGACAGUUCCAGUUCCUGCCCUGUCAAAGAAAACUGAACAGCCUAAAGAAUGUUUCUUGAUACAACCAAAGGAAACAAAAGAAGAUGCCACCAAGACAAGGAGGAGAAAAAAGAAGAAAAUUACUGAUGUUCUUGCAAAAUCAGAGCCAAAACCAGGGACCCCUGAGGACCUACAGAAGUUGAUGAAGGACUAUUACAGUGGCAGUCGCUCAGUGAUUGAAUUAGAAGAACUAAACCUACCAGACUCCUGUUUCCUCAAGGCCAAUGAUUUGACUCAUAGUCUUUCAUCAUACCUAAAAGAAAUCUGCCCUAAGUGGGUAAAACUUCGGAAGAACCAUAAUGAGAAGAAAUCGGUCCUGAUGCUGAUGAUCUGUAGCUCUGCUAUCCGGGCCUUGGAGCUCAUUAGGUCAGUGACAGCAUUCAGAGGAGACAGCAAAGUUAUAAAAUUAUUUGCAAAACACAUAAAGGUCCAGGAGCAGGUAAAGUUGCUGGAGAAGCGUGUUGUGCACUUGGGUGUAGGAACACCAGGGAGAAUUAAAGAACUCAUUAAACAAGGUGGCCUUAAUUUGAACCCCUUAAAGUUUCUGGUUUUUGACUGGAACUGGAGAGAUCAGAAGUUGAGAAGGAUGAUGGACAUUCCCGAGAUAAGAAAGGAGGUUUUUGAACUUCUGGAAAUGGGAGUCCUCAGUCUAUGCAAGUCUGAAUCUUUGAAGCUGGGCCUUUUCUAAGUCUGGGUCCUAAUGAAAAUUCCAGUUUUUAUGGUGGGAUUUGCAUCUCAUUUAAUAGCUCUGGAAUAUUGCAAGGACUCAGUAAAUAUCAGCUGUUGUUGUAUUACAUUAACUGCAUCACCAGAUGAAUCACUAGAAAUUUUUGGUGGAGAUUCUUUGACAAAAAUGAAGCUGCCCUUUGCCAACUUCUUUGUAUAAUAAAGUAUCACCAGCUUGUGUAUGAUUUUUGUUGAGCAGAGUGAAUUUUUCUUUCACCA